GCUCGAGCAUCACCAUUUCAAUGGCUCCGACAAAGUAACGACUCCGACCAUCGAAAAAAACGUAUUGAUCUAGCAGUAGCCACUGCAGCAGCAGUGAGACUGAAUGGGUACGCAUUUUACAAUUAUCAGAGACAGCAAGAAGGUUCCCGCAUUGAUCUCGAUGCUGAGCGCUCUGUCCAGGCGACGCAACUCUGGAAUCCACAGACAGUUCCCCGCAUUGAUGGUGGAAGAAGCAGGUCGCAACCACUACGUGUCACAUACGCUGGAGAAGAUGUACUGCUUCUAAGAGGUUUUUCGAUCUGGGAUUGUUGUUCUAUUUGAUGUAAGUGCGUCUAUAUUUAUUGUUUACGUAACUUUUUUGCAUCGUCACCUACCUGUUAAGUUCUUUAGGUUCUACUUUCUCUUCACAACAAGGGAUGCGCACUUAUUCUUUCUGAAUCCAACAGGAGCUAUAGUCGAUCAAACAUUUCCUAUUCUUUUAUCCCCACAACAUCGUCGCAACAAACAGGUAACUGAUUUGAUUCAACGCCUAGACGCAACAGAGCAGUAUCACACUGGAGUAGUGAAUCCUGGAAACCGGUUCCAACCCGGAGGAGGCUUCACGACAGGUGGCAGACAUGCUCUAGAAGAAGCACUUUGUGUGCAGUCUACGUUGUAUCAAAGCUUGGCGCACGCGACAGGACACGCGUCUCCUCUGGGGCAUUUCGAUGUGAUAGUUUCUCCUUUUGUCGAAUUUUUUCGUGCCGCUCAAGACUACAGUUUUUUACGGGAGACGCGCACUGUGACCGUUUUCACGAUGACG